CACUCCCCAUCCCCAUCAUCCGCCGCCGCCGCCGAGCGGAGCGGACGGGCCGAUCGGUAGCUCCUCGUCGGGGGUUCUGCGCGCCGGCGCCCCCGCGAUUCCACCGUGCUUGGGGUCGAUCCGCUGCGAGCCGGCGGAGGGGGGCUGGGGGUUGGCUGCUGCGGGGGCCGUGAGGUCGGGCCGCUGCCGUGCCCGGGGGUAGGGUUUUGGGUUCCGGGCCCCGUGGGAAGCAUUGGUUGGCGCGCCGCGCGUUUGCUAUGGGGAUGGUGCCCAACGGGCUCCUGCCCAGUGCGUCGUCAGGGGUCACGAGGCAGCUCGACGACGAGCGCUGGGCUGUCGCGGAGGUACGGGCGGCGGAGCUGAUCGCCCGCAUCCAGCCCAACGAGGAUUCCGAGAGGCGGAGGAGCGCCGUCUACCACUACGUUCGGCGCCUCAUCAUGAAUUGCCUCGCCUGCGAGGUUUUCACUUUUGGAUCAGUCCCUCUGAAGACUUACUUACCUGAUGGUGACAUUGAUGUCACUGCUUUUAGUGGAAGUGAAGAAUUAAAGGAUAUUUGGGCCAACUUGGUUCGAGAUGCAUUGGAGCACGAAGAGAAAAGUGAAAAUGCUGAAUUUCGUGUAAAAGAAGUUCAGUAUAUACAGGCAGAGGUAAAAAUUAUUAAGUGUCUUGUGGACAACAUUGUUGUUGAUAUAUCAUUUAAUCAAGUUGGUGGAUUGUGUACACUUUGUUUCCUCGAAGAGGUUGAUGCCUUGAUCAAUCAGAACCAUUUAUUCAAGAGGAGUAUCAUUUUGAUAAAGGCGUGGUGUUUCUAUGAGAGUCGUAUUCUUGGAGCUCACCAUGGUCUUAUAUCCACCUAUGCAUUGGAGACCCUGGUUCUGUACAUUUUUCAUGUGUUCAACAAUUGUUUUACUGGACCGCUGGAGGUAUUAUACCGUUUCUUAGAAUUCUUCAGCAACUUUGACUGGGAGAAAUUUUGUUUGAGUUUGUGUGGUCCUGUUCCUAUAAGUUCACUUCCAGAUAUGACUGCGGAGCCUCCACGGAUGGAUGCUGCUGAAUUGUUGCUGAGCAAGUCCUUCCUUGAUAAAUGCAGUUACAUGUAUGCAGUUACGCCUCAUAUCCUGGAAAGCCAGGUUCAACAACCAUUUGUUUCAAAGCACUUCAAUGUUAUUGAUCCUUUACGAACAAACAAUAACCUUGGAAGGAGUGUAAGUAAAGGCAAUUUCUUUAGGAUACGCAGUGCUGUUUCCUUUGGGGCAAAAAGGUUGGCAAAGUUACUUGAAUGCCCGAAAGAAGAUCUAAUUUCUGAAGUAAAUCAGUUCUUCACAAAUACAUGGAUAAGACAUGGUACUGGCAAUCAUCCUGAUACACCUACACUAAGUCUGCUUCAUCAACUUCCUCUGAAGGUUGCUCCUGCUGAAGCAUCAAACAGUCAGAGAAGUGCGAUGGCACUCAAGAAAAGCAGCGAAAAUCCUAAUCUUCAUGCUAACCAGGUUAAUCUCAGUGAAAGUGCUAAUAACUAUCCUGAAGCUACUUCUCAGGUCUCUGAGCAGCUUGAAAGAAACAGAUCUGAUGGAUCAAUGGAAAAUGAAAGGGACAAAACAGUGCAAAAUUCUCUCUUUGCUAAUGAUAGAAAUGGACAGAACAAGUCUCGGCUUGCAAGAGCCCACUCUAGUCCUGAACUAACAGACCCUUCUGUUGAGGGAUAUUCUUGUGGAAGACAGACCAGAGUGGUUGAAAUGGAAAAAUCUCAGAAGGUUGAUUACAAUAGCAGAAGAAACAACAUGGCUCCAGAAGUUUCUAGCAGCCACAUCACUAAGUCUUCACAGGAUGAGUCAAUCUCUUCGAUUAAUAGUUCAUCUCACCAUAGUGGGAAAGCAGCUUCUUACUCAAACAGUGUGCCAAGCAGUUACCAUGAAGAUAAUGGUUUUAUAAUGAGUGAAGAACUUCCUUCUGUAUCUGAGGCAUCAGAGAAAAAUCAAGAGGAACAAGUCCUAGUUAAUCUAAUGUCAUCAGCUAAAUUGCAUGAACUCAAUGGACAAAUUCAAUUGCCAAUGGAAAUUCCAUCUCAUUUUUCAGCGGCACCCUCCCCUUUACUUGCACCAACAAGUUUCCCCCAAAAACAUUUUCCUGGGAUUCCACCAACUAGCUUAAUCGGCGCUCCAUGGCCCAAUAUGCAUUUGCUCCAUGGAUUUGUUCCACCACCCAUGACCCAUUAUGUCCAAAAUCAUACCUUCCCGCCAAACAUUGAAGAAGGUAAUGAGAGCGAGAAGCUUAUUACACCAGAUGCAAAUCGUGAUGAUGGCAACAAUUGGCAUGAGUAUGGUGUUGGGUUGCCUAGAUAUUUUAAUGAACAAGGAAGAGAUCCACAGAUGUGCCAUUUUAAUGGUAAGGACCAGCCCUCUUCACCUAACAUUGUCUCUGGUACCCCCUUGGGAAGGCAGGGAGAGAUUGCUAUUGAGGAUAACAGAGCAGUAGAAGAUAGCUAUACUAACAUGUUUCAAAACCAAACAAGUAGACAAGUCAGCAUAAAUACUCCAAUGGGUAGUGGAAAUGCAAGGAUUCCUUCUCCAUCCGGUUUGUCAGGAAACAAAGCUAUGCCAGAAAAUUCAUGGGAUGAAUUAGCUGGAAACACAACAAAACCAUUGAGGGACAAAUGGGAAAAGAGGCCUGCCUUUGCAAGACCUGACACAACUGCACAUAGCAAAAAUGAUACUUGUUGGCAGAUUGGAAAUUCUUCUGAGCAUAUUCCCCCAGAGGUUGAUGAUGGUGCCAGGAAUGGGGUUGCAAUACCAAACAUUAGACAUGAGACUUCUGACAUAAUAACAAGGUCUGGCCCAAUAGCAUCAAGAACUAGUCAAGUGCCAAAUGAUCUUGAACCAUCACAGAUUGGCAUGCCUAAUCCAGUGUUUGCACCUUUUUUUAUUGGUUCCUCUCAGCAGAGACAAGCUGGUAGUGCUGGGCUGACUUAUGUUCAAACAGGUCCAGCGGUUUCUUUGGUAAUGUUGCCAUAUGUUCCUGGAAAUAGCGAUGGAUCUGCUCCACAGUUUGAGAGGAAUGAAGUAGUUGAUCAACUUUCUGUCAAUAUUCCUGUCCAAAAUUUUACUUCACUCAACGAUGUUCACCAUCCUGAUAUGAAUUCUACCUCAACAGCCUCAUCCAGUGCUAUAGGCGAUCCAUCUGACGACCAAAAGCCCGACAUUUUGAAAGGCGAUUUUGAUAGCCACUGGAAGAAUUUACAAUAUGGACGAUCAUGCCAAAUUCAACGUUCCAUGAAUCAUGUGUUAUACCCUUUUGCAGUGCCACCAAUGUAUUUACAGGGCCAUGUUCCAUGGGAUGGGCCUGGUAGACCACCUUCAACAAAUGUUAAUUGGACACAGAUGGUGCCUCCCGGCCAACGAAUCAUUCCUGUGAUGCCACUACAACCUCCUGAAAGAAUUACUGGUGUUCCGCAGCAUAAUGCGGAGGAUUUGCCUAAAUUCCGUGGUGGGACAGGAACUUACUUUCCAAAUCCUAAGUUUCCAUAUAGGGACCGGCACUCAAGCUCAAGAAACCACAGAGGAAGUUAUAACAGUGACAAGGGUGACCAUAAUGAUAAAGAAGGAAAUUGGAUAAACUCAAAACAACGAAAUCCUGGCCGCGGCUAUGGACGUAACCACUCAGAGAGAUCCGGCAUGCGGUCGGAUAGACAAACAGCAGAUGAAAGCCAGUAUGAUAGGCAGCGGCGGCCCUACAGAAAUGAUUCAUACAGGCAUGAGGCAGGCACCCAAUCUUCCGGAUCUACAAACUAUAUACGCAAACAAGGGAACAUGAUGCAUGAGGAUCCAUUACCAUCUGCUUCGAAUGGUAUUGGUGCCUUGUGUGGACCUUCAACUCCAUAUGUCACACACUACUCAAGUGAGGCAGGCACAAAUCACAGCUCUUCAUCUGAACCACUUGAAUUUGGUUCACUUGGGCCAGUUCCUACAGCUGAUUGUGGCAGCAUGCCACAACCCACUAGUCAAGCAAUGCCCAACGAGCUUUAUGGGCAAAGGCAUGUUGCAUUUAGGGGUGGCUCUUCACAUUCGUCUCCUGAUCAACCAUCAUCACCUCAAACUCGCAGGUAGUCCGUUCUGAUCUCCUAAUCUGGUGACUUGGUCGUGGGCUCGUGGCAAUGAAUCCAGUGCUUAUAAUUGUUUGGUGAUGAGCUAUACCUAGAAAGCACUUGUGCUCUGGCAGCUGAUAUCGAAUACUUUUAGAUGCCUUACCAGAAUUUACUUCAGUCCAACGAUACAUCAGUCAUCAGAACAUGUUAGCCAUCACAAUUUAUCAUGGCACUACCUGAUAUCGACAGCACUAACCUGAUUUCUGAACAAGCAUAGAACUGGGAACCCUGAAUAUCUUGCUCGAGAAUUAACUGAGAGUGCUACCCUUUUCUGUAUAUUAGCAUCAAAGAUAAUAAUAUUAACGCUGGAGGAGGAUUGGCAUUUCAAUGGGAUACUUAGAAAUUGACGUACAUAUAUAUUAUAUCUAUUGCAAGCUAGAUAUAUUCACAAUUUAGAGGGUUUGAAACAGAUGCAAACUAGGUAAUGUACAGGGGAUUUGCAAUGUCUACUACUUUCAGGAUUCUUCUUUGAAAAUUAUGUGCGUGUGAUGGGAAAAUGUGUCAAAACUCAGAAUUCAACUGGUGUAUGGUUCAUGUCCAAUUUAUCACUAUCUGUUGCUGCUAUACACAUUGUCCAUGCCUUGAUGUAGAAAAGAACUGUGAAUCACAGCAGCCACAGCUCAGCUGCUUGGCUUGGGCUCUUCAAUCAUAUUACGCAAAUCCCAGAUAUAUUGAUUUAGCUGAAGACUGAAGAAGUAUUUUACAUGACUGCUCGCUUUUAUUCUGCCAUUAGAUUUCAUUGUAACAAAGAGCAAUCAGCAUUCAGCAGAUUUCUCCAAGAAAGAGAAUUGCAUUUUACUGUAAAAAAAUGGUGAAGAAUGCAGCAAAAAUAAUUCUGAUGUAGUCCCA